AACAUGGCCGUCAGCAGGGAGUGAAUCCAGAGGUUGUGCAGAAGGAAAUCUGGCGGUAGUUUAGCGGGGACGCCGCUGCUGACAGAUGACGGGAGUGUUCAUAAAUGAUGAUCUGAGUCCUUUCCAUUAAUAAUAUUGUCCUAUAAAAGUCAGACCCAGACUGAUCAUCCAUCAGGAACAGAAGUGGAAUCAGCCUGUUUGCAGUGACUGAAACCGUGAGCAGCUCUUGCUACAUGCUAACUAUCGCUCAGAGUCUGGGUGCUGAGGCUCGUCUCACACUGGCAGUACUCGCAGGAUUGGCGUCUGGGGGCCGGGGGACGCGCUCGCUAUCCUCUGCCACCAGGGCCCGCGUCAGCACGGGAGUCUCCAGUGACAACCAGCGCUGCGCCUCCGCUCAGAGCAUGGUGAGGGGCAGGUGCUGCCAUGGAACUGCAAGAUAAAAAGCAGGAGGAAGGAGCAACUCCUCUGGGUCUCUCCACCUCCCAGGCUCUGGGAACCCUCCGGGACCAGCUCUCCAGCCUGCUGGAGCAGCACCAGAAGCUCGGCCAGCGCAGAUCCACCAUACAGGAACUAUGGACCAACAGUUUCCUUCACCACGGGGACCGUCACUCAUGCUUCCACUGGCCCGGAGCCGCCCUCACGCUGCUCGUAGUGGUUGGCUUGCUGUGUUGUCAUGGCAGCCAGCCAGAAGGAAGUCAAGGCAUAGAGCUGGUGAAUGCAGGUGCACUCUUCCUGCUGCUGCUGCUCAACCUCCUCCUGAUUGGGCGCCAGCAGAAACUGAAGAGGAGUGAAAUGGUGCGGCGACUGAAGUCCAUAAUUACAGAGCUGAACGCACAUUUGGAAGGCUGUAGAGGCCAGCCAAUCAGAUGGGCUCCCUCUCGAUACCCUGACCUGUACAUGCCUUCCUCUCCAUCCUGGUCUCUGCACUGGACUUACCGUGACGAGCAGCUGGUUAAUCUACCCGUCAGCCUGCUGGUGGAGGGGGAUAUCAUCGCUCUGAGGCCGGGCCAGGAGGCGUUUGUGUCUCUCAGGGGCAUUAAAGAUGAUGAACAUAUUGUGCUGGAGCCCGGAGACCUGUUUCCACCCUUCUCACCUCCCCCUUCCCCUCGAGGAAAUGACAGGAGGGGACCUCACAGCCCCCAGCAGUUCCGCCUGUUCAGGGUGGUCCGUACCCCUAUACUUGAGAAUGUCAGGAACAGUCUUGACCUCGCCCUAUCUCGACCAAUCACAGCACUCGAUAAUGAACGGUUCACGGUGCAGUCAAUCAUUGCUAAAUUCGCUUGCCCAGCAGUGCUGGUGGCCUUUUUAACUGUGAAUACAAUUCGCUACUUUUUUCUCGUUCCCAACCUCACUCCACCCCUGUUCAACUUCUUCCAGUUGCAGCUGAUGGGUGUGCUGCCCAUCCUACCUCUACUGUUCCCAGUCAUGUGGGUCCUGGUCAUCGCUUAUGGAGAGGCACGUGUGUUGGCCGAAUCCUGCCGUAACUCUCCAACAGGCUUGCUGGCUAAGUUCUCUGAGGACACACUAAGCAGCUACACGGAAGUGGUGUCCUCCAAGGAGAUGCUGCGCUGUGUGUGGAGGCACCUGGUUAGUGUCCUGAAGGGCGAGUCUCAAACGCUGUGCCACACCUCCAGUCUAUUGCAAAACCUGGGCUCAGUGACUGUAUUGUGCUGUGUGGAUAAGCAGGGAGUGCUGUCUUGGCCCAAUCCCAGCCCAGAGACUGUGCUUUUCUUCAGUGGGCGUGUCGAGCCACCCCACGACAGCCAGGACGACCUGAGAGAUGACCUGUCCAUCAACUCUUUCUGUCGUCUGGAAGGAGAGGAGGAUCGAGAUGAGGCUCAGGAAGGUGAGGCUCUCCUAAGUGUGUCUGCCUUUGAAGCCUCACAUCAUCUAACCAAUGAGCCUGAACCUUGUGAGGUGCUAAAUGAUGCUAUACGGUCCAGCGACAUGCAUCGUACACGCCGGGGUCCUCAGAACACACGUUCCAAACACCCGUCCGGCUCCAACGUGAGCUUCAGCCAUGAUACAGAGGGAGGAGAGGAGGAGAGUGGUCAGUUGUGUGGUAUUGAUGAUCUGUGUGAGGCGGACGAUUUUGUUUGUGACUAUCACCUGGAGAUGCUGAGCCUGUCCCAGGACCAGCAGAACCCUGUCAGCAUCCAGUUUGACGACUCGGGCUGGCAGGGCCACUUGUCCUCUCUGAAGCCGCUGGGCCUCAACAUCAUGCUGAACCUAUGCAACGCUACAGUCACCCAGCAGCUGUGCCGCUUCUCAGACCACCUGUCCAACCUGGCCCUGCAGGAAACCCAUGGUGCUGUGCUUCCUGUGCAUGUGCCCUGGGGCCUCUGUGAACUCUCCAGGCUUAUUGGUUUUACUUCAGGAGCGAGAGAGCUGUUCAAGCAGGAGAAUCACCUGGCCCUGUAUCAGCUCCCAUGUGGAGAGAAGGCCAGAGAGUCUGCACCACGCCGCCUGCACCACUUCAUCAAACGCCAGCCAACCAUCAGCCACCUGAUCAGCCUGCUGGUCCGAGACAGCACCACCAACAACGUGCAGAUGCUCUCCCACGGCUCGGCUGACCUCAUCCUGGAGGCCUGCACUGACUUUUGGGAUGGCACAGAUAUCUACCCGCUCUCUGGCUCUGACAGGAAGAAGAUCCUGGAUUUCUAUCAGCGUGCCUGUCUGGCAGGCUACUGCUCUGCCUUUGCCUAUAAGCCCAUGCAGGUUGCUCUGUCCAACCAGCUGAAUGGGAAGUGUGUGGAGCUGGCUCCAGGCCCCACUCUCUUCUCCGGGGUGGAUCUGCCUAGCACUACACCCAUCAAACACAAUAGCCGGCGCAAUAGCUGGAGUUCAGAUGAGGGCAUUGGAGAGGUUCUGGAAAAGGAAGACUGCGUUCAGGCCCUGAGUGGGCAGAUCUUCAUGGGCAUGGUGUCGUCACAGUUCCAGGCCCGCUUGGACACAGUGCGGCUCAUUGAGAACUUAGUGGGAGCAUGCAUACGCUUUGUCUACUUCUCCAGAGAGGACGAGCUACGUAGUAAGGUAUUUGCAGAGAAGAUGGGUUUGGAAACAGGCUGGAACUGUCAUAUCUCUCUAACCCCUAAUGGUGAUGGCCAUGGUGAUGGAGCUCCGUCCAGUCCCAGCCAGGCAGGCUCUGUACAUGAUGAUCUGCUGCAGGAUUCUCGGGAUGAUGCUGAGGGCCCGUUACUUCCUGAAGAUGGCCAGUCGGAUCUUGCCAGCUUUCAGCCCACAGACAGUGAUGUGCCCAGCUUUCUGGAGGACUGUAACAGAGCCAAGCUGCCUCGCGGUAUUCACCAGGUUCGCCCUCACCUGAAGAACAUUGAUAAUGUGCCUCUGCUGGUGCCCCUUUUCACAGACUGCACACCUGAAACUAUGUGUGAGAUGAUGAAAAUUAUGCAGGAGAACAGGGAGGUGACCUGCUGUUUGGGGAGCUCAGCUAACUUCCGCAAUAGCUGUCUGUUCCUGCAGAGUGACCUCAGCAUCUCUCUGGACCCCCUGUAUCCAUCACGCUGCUCGUGGGAGACGUUCGGGUAUGCUGCUGGCUGUGGGAUUGGUGAGGAACGAGAAGAGCUAACCCCACUGAACCUCAGCGCUCGCCUCAACAGCCUGGGCUGCUCUGUGUCUUUCCACCAUGGCGAGAGCGUCAGCAUCGUCAAACUCAUAGAGCAGGCCAGACACACCACUUCUGGGAUUCGCAAGUGCUUCCUUUUCCUGCUGCAGUGCCAGCUCACCUUGGUCAUCAUUCAGUUUUUGGCCUGUCUUACCCAGCUCCCCCCUCCAAUGAACAUAACCGACAUUCUGUGGCUUUCCUGUUUCUGUUACCCACUGCUGAGUGUGUCCUUAUUGGGGAAGGCUCCAGACAGCACUGUGAUGACAGUUGCCACUGGAAAGAAUCUGGAUGCCAUACCUCGAAAGACUCAGCAGUACUUCCUGGGCUGUUUCUUGCUCAAGUUUGGUCUGACUGUGUGUGCCUACCUGCUGGGUUUCGGCUUCUCUCUGCAGGAAGUGUGUGCGACAGCUGCAAACCACACCUGUGACUUCAUCAUUUCUGGUUACAGCUCACCUGAAGAUGCUCCACAGUGGUUUGGGGAGUUAUCUAAUGGCCUGCUACUCAUCCAAAAAGUCAUGGCAGGCUUCCUAGCUUUGCAUACUGUGAUGAUAUCUCUCAGCUAUGUGCAUCGUUCUCAGCCACUGUGGAGGAAGAACCCCUUCAGCAACAUAUGGUGGUGUCUCACAGUGCCUGUUGUGCUGUUGGGUCAGGUGGUGCAGGCUACAAUAGAUUAUCAGUUAUGGCAGGACAGGAGUGGUGGGCUGGUGUUUACAUUAAAAGAUGUGCCCAUGCUGGUCUGGCUGAUGAUGUCGCUGUCCGUUGUUGCAGUGGUGCUGAUCAAUGAGGCUGUUAAGCUACAUGAGAUCAGGGUACGUGUGCGCUACCAGAAACGUCAGAAGCUCCAGUUUGAGACUAAGCUGGGAAUGAACUCUCCUUUCUGAGCUGCUAAAGCUGCUAGAACACAGGACUGUCGUGAUUUAUAAGCUCACGGUUUCCAUUGAUGACCAGCAGUGGAGUGAGGGAGUCGCUCUCCUCCACAGUCUUCAGAAGAGUGCUCAGUGCCUGACUCAAACACUGACCCCCCACCUCUCCCCUCCCCUCUUCAAAUCCACCAAAACAUGGAGGAAAGCAUCUGUCCUUUCUUCAUGAUAUUAUUCUAGAGCUUUCAGUUUAAGUUCAGAUUAUCUUUAUUUUGCCUCCUGUUUUAGCUGCAUUUUAACAGUCACAACUGUAACGAAGAAAGGUUUUUUUUGUGUGGAAAUGGUGAGGGUUUUACAGUUUAUAAGAGUUUUAAACUCUGCUGAAAACUGUAAAAUAAUUAGGAAGGAUAGUCCCCAGACCCCUGUGGUCAUAAACCCUUCUUCUAGUUUCUUUAUCUGUUAAUUACCUUUGUGGUAGGUCGGACUGAACCCUGAAUAUUGAUAAUCUUGUAUAUAGAACAGUCUUUCAGCUUGUUUUGCUUUCACAUGCUGGAUUGUUUCUGGGUUAAUGUUGCUCAACACUGAAAAUCUGUUGAACACCCGGUCGGUCAGGUGGUUACUUCUGGUUGGUUUCUCCCUAAUUGUCUAUCUUGCAUCACUAAACACUGAGGAGCCUUUUUCAUCUUACAUCUAGUAGAUGAGACUGAAUGUGAAGAUCUCUUUGUAUGUUCUUUGAAAUACCUCAAAGCCAGUGUUUUUGCAGGGGGGGACAUUUUUUGCACUUACUGAAAGUCAAGAUGUUCUGUUAAAGAUGUCCUGAUGAGAGAAGCAUUUGAGAAUUAAUUUAUUGGAGUUGAAAGAACCCUCAGAACAACAAAGUCAGUCACAUGUUAUGGUCUGAUAGCAUAGGGAUCUGUAGGUACUGGAGGUAUGUGUUUGUUCCAGCAGCAUGUGGUGUGAUUUGAGUGCGUUUACAUGCAUGUUCAUAAUCCGGUUACUGCAGUUGUCUUCUUAUUCAGGUAGUCAUGUGAAGAGCAUACUCUAAUUUCUUAGAUGGGAGUAGUAUCUGAAAGUCAUAUUAGGAAAUUUGAUAAAGAGAGCUGGAUUUUAAGAGUGCAGGGAUACUCUUAAACCCUAUCCGGACAGGAUUAGUUUCUCAGGGGGACGUAUGUGAAAAACAUUUCACACUUCUACUCAGUGAUAAAACUCUUGCAUCCAGACUGCAGUUGAAAAAACAGGAGGACCAGUGUUUGUUUUUUUUUUUUGUUCUCGGUCACAUGACAUCACGUUCAGUAGCUCCUCCAUUUCCACUCGCUGUUGUGUUUACGUAGAUCUAUGUGGAAACCCGCCCCCAGAGUGUAAUUACGGUGCGUGGCAGUGGACAAAUAGCUAUUUUAUUAAACACGAGGUGACAAAACUCAGAGAUGUGCGUUCAGACAGUACUAAAACUACCGGAGGAACAGUAUCUAAUUCAGCCUGUAAUUUUCUUAGAGGAUGUCUGAGAGAAAAACACAUACAUGAUUGUACCGGACAGGAAUAAAUUCACAGAAGACCCCCAUAAAAGAGAAAAUUACCCCAGGACCCUCUGAAAAACUAAUCCCAUGUGAAAAGGGCUUUAACCUGAGUACCGUAUUCUCAGAUGUCUGCACAUGAGUGAAAACAGGAUGUGUUUCCAGAAAUAAGUAAGCAGCGUUUAACACAGCACCCCAAGAUGGAGCUAAAACACAGAAGGAUUUAAUAACUUAACUUAUUGGAUAGUAAAUCAUACGUUCACAGAAAAUUCAGUGUAUGGCUGCCUUUAUUCUGUGAUUUUAUUGGCUGGUUAUAAAGCAAAAAUUUGAUUACUGCCCGACUCAUUAUCUGAUUACCAGCACUCAAGUUCAUUUUGUUCUGCAGUAAUUAUUAAAUGCAUGUAAACGCACUCACUUGUGUGUUCUCUGGUCUUGGGGCAACACUAAAGGGAACCUGAUGAUGAGAUGCUGUAGAGCAUAGAUGGAUGAUGUACCAAGUUGACGGCCUAAAUACUAAACUAGUUAUCAGCUAGACAGUUGCUUUUCAUUAUAACAUUUUCAUAUUACAUUAUAACAUUAACAUUUCAUUAUUUCUUCUUCUUCUUACACAGGGAGAAAUGGUCAGAUCUCUGUUCGUAAGCUCAGCUGUGAAAGUAGAAGUGUACGAGUAAUAAUUAGAAGACAGGAAACUGGUUUAUUUUUAUAUUCUGUAAACAGGUGCCGUUUAAUACAACUAAAGAGGGCUUGUUCCAAUAGAAGAACACUUGAUCGUCAUCUGGCUCCACCCUGAACCUUUUUAACAUGGUCUAAAUUUGACUUAUGCUGUUUACAUAUGUGAAUGUCAGCCAGAACGGACUGAAUAUUUUGCAUACACACACACAUGCAUGCAUGAACUGAUAAGACAGUAAUGCUUGCCUGCAUUUGCAUCACACAGCUGGGGCUGGAUCACUUAAUAUCUGCAAUUCUGAACUGUAAAAAACAGAUUAGCUUUAAACAAAUUUUGUUAAGUUUAGAUUAUGUGUAUGAUACAUAGUCCCCUUUUUCCAGAGAGAGUCUUUAGUCUUAACUGGGUAAAGGGGCAGUUGGAGCGCAUUGCUAUUCUACCUCUUGUUGAUGGCCUCAAUUUAAUUCAGUCACUGUUUUAAUCUUAAUAUUAUACAAGGGGCUUCUGCUGAUUUGUUUGAUUAUGAUCUUUCUGCUCUUCCUGCAAGCAUUUCCCCUUUCCAAGAACACUGCAAUGUCUGUUCUGAGUGGUCUACGAUUAGAGAGGAUUACUGGUUUGAAUCCUGGGUUGCUGCUUGCAUCAGCAACCGGAGUCCGAGAGAGCACAGUUGGUCGUGCUCUCUCUUUCCCCACAUAACUCUUAGUGUGAUGUUCAGCACAGGCGUCUGGGGAUCUGGCGCUUUUCUUCAAGCGCACUGUGAUGCUGCAGCAGAGUCUGACUUUACAUGUAUCAGAGGAGGCAUGUGCUGGUCUUCGCUGUCUUAGAGUAGGAAGCAUCACUAGUGAUAAGCGGAGUUCAUAUGAAGGGGGAUUGUGUUAUUUGCCAUGCAAACUGGGAAGAAAUCGGGUAAAGUUAGAAAGGAUGCAGGUUUUCAUUCUAAAAAUGCAGCAGUGUGUCUUUUUGCACUUGUUAAAAGCUGUUGGUCAGUCUUUAAACAUUCAACAAACUGAUCAAAUGAGCUUCUGCUUGUCUGAAAUGAAGACCUGCAGCCAUACCAGCCAUUGCAGAUAUGAUUAGAGGCUUGAGAACACUCUAGAAAGAAGAGACGGUGCUUCAUGUGGUCGUUAUCUAUGCCAUUAUUGUGAAAACCUUGUUUAACCUUUUGAAAUAAAAGCUAUUUACAGAUUAAUUUAUCGUUCUACAAACAUAGAUAUUUAUCUCUGUUAAAAACAUGCUUUUUUAUGGAUCCAAAUUUAGUUAUUUUGUGUUUUGUUGCUUAAAGGACCAUUUAAUGAAGCACCUUUAUGUUUUUAAGAGUGUCCUUUACUUUAAUACAUAAAGCCCAUCGAAUAAUUACUGUUUCUCUCAGUCUAAUCCAUUUAUCCUUUUCUAAUGGAUUUCUAAUCAAAUCAUUGUUCUUCUCUUUGGAUCCUUAUUGGAAAGGGGUACUUUAAAUUUCUGAGGGAUGAUUUUAGUUCUCUUUUCAUGACCUAUAAGCAACUUUUACUGUAGAUACUGUAGUAUUGUAAGUACUUAUUCCUGUUGGUUAUACCUGAUUCAAUCAUACCAGUCUUAACCCGUCUUCAAACUAGUCUUUGCAUUUGAUUAUUUAUUUAUUUCACGCCAUCUUUUGGAUCUCUAUGAAUCAUAUAUAUUUAAACGGGACUUCACACAAAUGCAGUGUGAAUGUGUUCUGCCUGAGGAGAAUGUGUUUGCCAUAUAUGUGCAAAAUAUCAUAGCUUUACAUUGUUGCAUAGUUGUGCAUAUUUCUAUAUUCCAUGCGUUGAUUACUUAUCAGCCUGUAGUUUCACUAAUCUGAUUUUUCAAAGGAACUGCUUACAGUGUGUACAUACAUACAUACACACACACACACACACACACAGAAUGUUCUGAGGCCCUGAUGCCACAGUGCUUUUUUAGCAUUGUGCUACAUGUUCACCUCAGGGCAGUUUAGGGCAUAUGUUGCACAUGCACCCACUCAUGAAUCCGGCGUGGCACGGUGGGGCAGGGAAACCCAGUGGGCAUUGACAAUAGUGUAGUGAGAAGUUUUAGACUGGUGCUUUAGUGCUGGAAUAAUAAGGCGUAAUGCAAAAGGUGACAUAUCUUAAGUAAAAAGAGGGGAGGAGUUUGUUGAAAAAGCACUGAUGUUCUGUAUGUACAUACAUAUGUACUAUAUAAUCACCUUAAAACAUAUAACUAUUGUUUUGUUUUUACUAUCCCUGUUCAUUUUGAGAUUUUAUUGAAUAUAUAUUUUAUUUUUCGCUGAGAUUUCUGCAUGAUAAUGACAUUACGAAUGCAAUGACGUUGCAACCUUACAGUUUUUGUCCUCUUUUUAAGUUUGGUAACUCCAUCUUGCAUGAACUGCAGGGGUUGCUGGUGCUUCCAACGUUUAUAUCAGCCUCACCCUGCCGUAACAGCCAGGCUCAGCUUCUCUACUCUACACAUGUGUGUGCAAAUAAAUGAUCAGAACAAAACCUGUACUGGUUUACGCCAACUAUUAUGAGUAAUUUUGCUAUUUAUGAAUGUUCACCAAAUGUAUAAAUGUUGUACAUUUUGUAUUUUUUUAAGAUGUCUUUAAAUUGUUUUUUUGUUGUUUUUUUUCCAAAAUGAUUUGUGAGCCAGUUUGUAAAUAAAUAUGAAAAUUUAAAACA